AUGGGUGUGGAUUACUUCAAAUUACUUCAGGUAGAUCGGAGUGCGAAUGAUGACGAGCUAAAGAAAGCUUAUCGCAAACUCGCCAUGAAGUGGCAUCCUGAUAAGAACCCUAACAACAAAAAGGAAGCCGAAGCUAAAUUCAAGCAGAUCUCCGAAGCUUACGAUGUUUUGAGCGAUACCCAAAAACGAGCAAUCUACGAGCAAUACGGAGAAGAAGGACUGAAGAACCAGGCACCACCUCCCGGCGCGGGCGGGUAUCCGGGAGGAGGAGAAGGCGGAGGAGCAUCUUUCCACUUCAAUCCGAGAAGCGCCGAUGAUAUCUUCUCCGAGUUCUUCGGGUUCACAAAGCCCGGUUUUGGUAUGGGAAUGGGAGGCGACUCACGCGCAGGACCAUCUGGUUUUAAGUAUGGCGAUGACAUAUUCGCUUCCUUAAGAGCAGCAGCUGCUGGCGGAGGAGGAGGAGGAGGAGGAGGAGGCGAAACCUCCAUGCCUGCAAGGAAAGCUGGCCCAAUUGAGAGACAAUUGCCUUGUAGUUUGGAGGAUAUCUAUAAAGGAGUCACCAAGAAGAUGAAGAUCUCUCGUGAUGUUUUUGACUCCAGCGGGAGGCCAACAGCCGUGGAGGAGAUCUUGCCGAUAGAUAUCAAGCCUGGUUGGAAAAAAGGAACAAAGAUAACCUUCUUGGAGAAAGGCAACGAGCAGCGCGGAUUCAUACCAUCUGAUCUCGUUUUCAUCCUAGACGAGAAGCCUCAUCCGCUUUUCAAACGAGACGGGAAUGAUCUUGUGGUUACGCAAAAGAUCUCUCUCGUCGAAGCUCUCACUGGCUACACCGCUCAGGUCACCACGCUUGACGGAAGAACGCUUACGGUUCCGGUGACCAAUGUGAUCAGUCCAUCGUACGAGGAGGUCGUGAAAGGCGAAGGCAUGCCAGUCCCUAAAGAUCCGUCGAGAAAAGGGAAUUUGAGAAUCAGAUUCACCAUCAGGUUCCCUUCCAAGCUAACCCCUGAGCAGAAAUCAGGGAUCAAGCGGAUGUUUUCGUCUUAG